AUGUCGCUUUUCGGUCCAACAGACAAUGGCCUCAAGCCGUUUGUGACAGUGUUGUCUGCUGUCGGCCUUGUCGUCUUUUACUUGAUAUACCUCGUGGUAUAUCGUUUGUUUCUCAGCCCGAUAUCCAAGUUCCCCGGUCCGAAACUUGCAGCAUUAACAUACUGGUACGAAUUUUGGUAUGAUGUUGUCGCCGAGCCAGAAUAUACCUUCAAGAUUGGACGGCUGCACAAGCAAUACGGAUCAAUUCUCCGUAUUAACCCGGACGAGAUCCACAUCUCAGCACCCGACUUCUACGACACCAUCUACGCGGGCAGCGGGAGGAAGCGCGACAAGUGGGACUGGAUCGUGAAGUCCUUCGGCGUUGAUGAGAGCCUGAUAGGCACGCUCCCCCAUGAUGACCAUCGCAUACGACGAGCCUCGUUGGCGCUGUAUUUUUCUAAGCAGAGCGUCCGGGCGCUGCAGCCCUUGGUCGACCGGAACAUGGCUUUAUUGAUGAAGCAUUUCCGCGAGUUCCAACAAACGGGCGAGCCUUUGACCUUGAAUGCCACCUUUGCUGCUCUGACGAACGAUAUCGUCAUGGACUACGCUUUUGGAAGAAGCGAGCAUCGUCUCAAGGCGCCAGAUUUCGAUCCUUCCUUCAUGAACGCCAUGCUGCAGGGUGGAAAGGCCGGGCAUGUGAUGAAGCACUUUCCAUGGCUCAUGGACGCCUUGCGCAAACUACCUGACUCGAUGCUGCUCAAGCUGAGCCCAGCCAUCGGUGCGUACGCAAAGCUCCAGACGAGCAUCAAGCAGCAAGUUGCGGAGAUUCAACACGCCCACAAGGCCUCGGCAUUACGACAAGUCCACCGACCGUCUGUGGCAGGAGGGCGCCUCGGCGUCUCCGCCUAUUUCACCCUCGCUACGCCCUCCAUCCUGCAAGCCUUGAAAGCCGAACUCUCCGCUGCGAUUCCGGACCCCUCAGCACCGCUGAACCUCCUCACCCUCGAGCAGCUCCCCUACCUCACCGGCGUCGUACAGGAAGGCGUGCGGCUCUCACAUGCCAUCUCGCACCGCCUGCACCGCAUCUGCCCGGACGAGACGUUGGUCUUCAACGACGGCCAUCGCGAGUGGCGCAUCCCGCCCGGCACUCCGCUCAGCAUGACGAGCAACCUCGUGCACCAUGACGAGGCUAUCUUCCCGGACUCGCGCGCUUUCCGGCCGGAACGCUGGAUCGAACAGCCGCGCCUCGACCGCUACCUGGUGUCAUUUGGCAAGGGUGGCAGGGCGUGCUUGGGUAUCAAUCUCGCAUACGCAGAGCUGUAUCUCACACUGGCCGGCCUUUUUCGUGUAUACGGAACAGCGGAGGUGCAGGGCGUGGAUGAUAUAGGUCUUCUGGAGCUGUUUGAGACGACGGCGGCGGACUUGGUUAUUACGAGUGAUGAGGUGGCGCCAGUGAUGCCGGAGGAUUCAAAGGGGUUGAGGGUGAAGGUUUAUGCAAGCGCCAAGGCUGGGCUAGAGUAA